UCCCCCAACCUUUUUGCCCCUAUUAGGUUUCGUUUCGUUCAUCCCCUAAUCGAUUUUAGAUUAGAUUUGGAUAUUUUUCCCCCCUUCCCUUCAUUUUCUCGCUGGGGCAUUUUUGUUGCUGAUUUUGAGAAAACUUCCAUUUCAAUUUCCUCUCCGGAGUCAAUCGAUCGAUCAUCCAAUCAAUCAAUCCCCGAAGAGGUCGUGGGAGGAUCCUUCUUCCGUGCUCCUCCUCCUCGUCCUCCUCAUCCUCAGCUGGUAAACUACUCUCCUCACUCGAAAUUCUUGUUUCCUCAGUCCUCAAUUCGAAGUUUCUUGUUUAAGAUAGGCCCUGGCAGUGUGGUGGAAUUGGGAGGUGGUUUACAGUUUUAGGCGGUUCCGAUUAGCAGGCUGAUCCGAUCUUCUUCUCUUUUUAUGCGGGGACCUUGUUUUAGUGGAUCACCAGCACCCGCCCGCCACAUUGAUGGUCUUCCAAUCGAGCUAAUGAGAGUGCUAUGAUGUGAUCUUCUGUCCAUCUCCAAUGUGUUUUCACCUGGGGUUCAAGUGAUUCUGGGUUUCUUGGGAUUUCAUUUCUCCUUACUCUUUGGUAUCGGUAUCGGUAUCGGUAUCGGUAUCGGUAUCAGAAUCAGCAGCGACUAUAUAUAUUGUAGCGGAAGAAAAGAAACUGGGUGAAGAUGCAAAAGAUUGGGAGUCUUUCUAGAGCCAGUAAUCUGAGGGUGACAGUGCCCCAACAGUCUCUGAGGAGGAUGGGGCUGUGUUCGACCGGUGGGGGCCAGCAUACAUCUCCUGUUGUGUUCCCUGAGAAGCGUGGAAGUAAGGUUAAAGCCCCUUCUUCGAGGCAACAUCUUAACCCAACUAGUAUGACCAAUGAUGAUCCUCUUAAAUCUAAGACACCGGACGAGCACGGGAUUGACAUAAUUGGAGGCGGCGGAGAUGAGAAGUCUGAUCUGUUGGGUUACGUUGUUUACACUGGAAAACUUGUCUUGGACAAGAGAAAGCACGUGGAUGAGAAACAAAGUUCAGGUGAAUCCACCACCCAAGAGGCUUCUGUCGAUGCAAAACUGACGAGCAAAGCUUUGGUUUGGGGCUCCAAUGUGUUGCCGCUCGAUGAUGUUGUCUCGAUAACUUAUAUUACCGGUCUCAGACAUUUUACGGUGCAUUCAUACCCCGAGAAAAAGGUUUCUUGUGGCCUUUCUUGUUUCAUGAAAGGUCAGAAGAGAAGUCGAAAGGAUUUCCGGUUUGUAGCCUCUAGCAAAGAAGAGGCGGUCCAGUGGGUUGGUGGAUUUGCUGAUCAGCAAUGCUACGUGAACUGCUUGCCCCACCCAGUGUCAUCAAAGAAGCAGGCCUCUUCAGAACUCCUUCCAAUUGAUCCACCUCCUGAGUUGAUAUUCAGGUGUAAAAAUCCUCCAAGAAUGCUAGUGAUACUAAACCCACGGUCUGGAAGGGGUCGAUCCAGUAAAGUUUUCUAUGGAGUGGUUGAGCCAAUAUUUAAGCUUGCAGGGUUCCAGUUGGAGGUUGUGAAGACGACAUCCGCUGGUCAUGCCAAAAAACUAGCAUCCAGUGUUGACAUCAGCACAUGCCCUGACGGAAUCAUAUGUGUCGGAGGAGAUGGAAUAAUAAAUGAGGUACUGAAUGGUUUGCUCAGUAGGGACAACCAGAAAGAAGGAAUUUCUAUACCCAUUGGAAUCAUACCCGCAGGCUCUGAUAAUUCACUGGUUUGGACUGUUCUUGGAGUUAGGGAUCCAAUUUCUGCAGCUCUAGCUAUAGUGAAGGGCGGUCUGACUGCUACAGAUGUUUUUGCAGUCGAGUGGAUUCAAACUGGUGCCAUUCACUUUGGGAUGACAGUUUCCUACUAUGGUUUUGUCAGCGAUGUUUUGGAACUUUCUGAGAGAUAUCAGAAGCGGUUUGGUCCUCUGCGUUAUUUUGUGGCUGGCUUCCUCAAAUUCAUAUGCUUGCCUAAAUACAACUUUGAAUUGGAGUAUCUUCCUGCCCUGAAAGAAGACCAGGAAGGAAGGCUAUCUGAUCGGGAAGUAGUGGACGUGUCAGACCUUUAUACUGACAUAAUGAGAAGGUCAAGCAAAGAAGGCUUCCCCAGGGCCUCUAGUUUGUCAAGCAUUGAUUCUAUAAUGACCCCCAGUAGAAUGUCUGGUGGAGACCCAGAUACCACCUGCAGUAGCACUCACGCCAGCACCGAACCUUCUGAAUAUGUUCGUGGAAUUGAUCCAAAAUCCAAACGCCUCUCAUCUGGAAGAAACAAUGUGAAUGCAGAGCCUGAAGUUAUUCAUCCCCAAAACCCUCUCUCUACCACUCCAAAUUGGCCAAGGACCAGAUCAAAAUCGAGGAAUGACAAAGGGUGGAGCGGUUUGAAUGCUACAAAUGAUCGUGCUUGGGGGAAUACUGCGAUUAAUGACAAGGAAGACAUAUCAUCUACCAUGUCCGACCCAGGUCCAAUAUGGGACACUGAACCAAAGUGGGAUACUGAACCUCGCUGGGACGUUGAAAAUCCCAUUGAACUGCCUGGUCCCUCCGCGGAGGAUCUAGAAGCUGGGACUAAGAAGGAACUCAUCCCUAGGUACGAGGAAAAAUGGGUUUUGGUGAAGGGUCAAUUUCUUGGCAUAUUGGUAUGCAACCAUGCAUGCAGAACUGUUCAGAGUUCUCAGGUGGUAGCUCCGAAAGCUGAGCAUGAUGACAGCACUAUGGAUUUACUUUUAGUCCGUGGAUCUGGGAGAUGGAGGCUUUUAAGAUUUUUCUUGCGUCUUCAGAUGGGUCGACAUCUUGAGCUGCCUUAUGUUGAUUAUAUCAAGGUGAAGUCGGUAAAGAUUAAACCCGGAAAGCACUGCCACAGUGGUUGUGGAAUCGAUGGUGAGCUUUUCCCUCUAAAUGGACCAGUCAUCUCCUCUUUGCUUCCCGAACAGUGCAGACUAAUAGGUCGCUCCCCAAGCCACCGAAUAUAAGCAGAUUGUGUGAGCUCUUGUUUAUUUUCAGUCAGGCCCCAGGGACAAGUAUAUUGUGUAUCUUCCCCUUGGAAUUUUGUGGAAAUAGAUGGACAUGGAACCUUGAUAGAUUGAUCAGAGUGCCUUUCUGUGCCCUCUCCCCUGCUGCUUGCCUUGCAGAAUCGGAGUCCCUGUAAAUUUUUUGACGCGUAUCAGCUGAUCUUAUCAUCCAAUAUCUUACCCUCUUGCUCUUCUAUGAUGUUCAUGUUGCACGAGUCCCCCUCUUGUUAUCUGAUGGGUGGGAGCUGCUUGGUAUACUGAGAAAUUGUGGUAAUUUUUUUUUCUUCUGCGACCAACAAUAUAUAUAUAUGUAUGUAUUAUAAGGCUAUGUUUGUUGCUGAAUCUCCGCUACUUAAUGUACUUAAUCUUUUAUUUUUUGUGUAAUGUAUUCUGGAAUCAGAUUGCUGAAUUCGCGGCUCUUGAGGUUCCGUGGCUUUGUUCAA